GGGUUGUGUCUACUCUUUCUAUUGUGGAAAGCUUUUUAACAGAAUGGGAAUAUGAGAUAAAAAAAAAAAAAGGGUCCUUUGUGAUCAUGUAUAAACUGCACGUCAGUGCUUAUGCUUCUCACUUUAUCUUCUCACCUUUUACGUUGCUCUUAUCCAUGCUUUCUUCCUUUAUUUAAUAUCCUCUUUACUGCCUCUCACUGUAAUAACAAUUUUCUCAUUUCUCCAACUUCUUUGCAAGGCGUCUCAGGCUGCAGUUUUUUAAAGUUUUGUGACAUGGCGAGUGUGAGUUUCGUACUGGGUGUCAUUGGAAAUGUGACCUCCAUCCUAGCUUUUAUUUCACCAGUGAAGACCUUCUGGCGAAUAAUCAAGAAUAAAUCCACAGAGGACUUCAAAUCACUACCAUAUGUGUGCACAUUACUCAGUACAUCUCUGUGGACUUACUAUGGUCUAAUGAAGCCCAAUGGACUCCUCAUCUGGACUGUUAAUGGGGCAGGCGUUUUAUUAGAAGCCAUCUAUGUCUCUCUCUUUAUACUCUACGCUCCCAAACGUACAAGAAGAAGAACUAUUGUAUUGGUACUUCUUGUGGACAUAGCCUUCUUCACUGCUGUAUUUUUGGUCACUUUUCUGGCACUCAAUAAAAAGGCGAGGAUAGAUGUUAUUGGAGUCCUAUGCAUAUGUUUAACCUUAAGCAUGUAUGGUUCUCCCUUAAGUAUAAUGAGAACUGUUAUCAUCCACAAAAGUGUGGAAUUCAUGCCCUUUUUCCUCACAUUCUUUCUUUUUCUUAAUGGAGGAGUUUGGGGAGUGUGGGCAUUUUUUGAGAAAGAUGUGUUCGUUGGGAUUCCAAAUGGAAUUGGCUUCGGUUUAGGAGCUGCACAGUUGGUUUUGUACAUGAUUUACAGGAAUGGAAAGCCUUACAGCCAAGAGAAUGCAAAUAUGAAUGGUGUAAAACAUGUGGAGGAUAUUGAGAUGGGAAGUACAGAUAGACGUAAUGCUGUCGAAAAUGGUUUUUGAACUUAAUUAACAUGUAAUAUUAUAUAAACUCUAGUUGACAGACAAAUAAAAAUUCAAAGGUGUAUACAAACCUGGAUGUACGUACAUACUCUGAAAGCUUUAAUGGCAGUGUAUUUUAAAUUCUACACUUGGUUAGCUACUUGCAGUUAUGUACCAGUUGCCUAGUGAGAGUUUAAUAAGGUAUUGAUUGUAAUGAAUAUGUAUUUGGUAAAGUUGUCCUCAA